AUGCGUGAAAUCGUUACUCUUCAUCUUGGACAAUGUGGCAACAAAAUCGCCCAGACAUUCUGGGAAACUAUCUGCGAGGAGCACUGCCUAAACGAGCGCGGCCAGUUUAUAGGGAAACACUUUCUGCCACUUCAACGGAUCAACGUGUACUUUGAGGAAGCUCCCUGCUGCAAUUUAGUACCAAGGGCAAUCUUCGCCGAUCUGGAGCCGGGUGCGAUGGUCGGUUUGAAAUGCAGCCACUUCGGGCAGCUCUUUUCCCCGGAAAGUAUGGUCAACGCGAUGCUAGGAGCUGGGAACAAUUGGGCCCGAGGAUACCACACGGAAGGCGCCGAAAUGUUGGACAGGAUCAUGAAUGUGGCCCGAAAAAAUGGUGGAAGGUUGUGA